GCGAAAAAACGAGUGCGUGGACAAAGGAGCCCUGAGAGCUGCUGCAGCCACCACCAAGCCCUGCCCUGGGAGGCUCAGCACCUCUGCUUUUACAGGCACACUGCAAAGGACAAGCUCUGGAUUCCUUUCAAACCUUCCCAUUAAGGUCCAAAGAUGAAGACACUUCAGAGGAAUAUAAGUGUAUUCCAGCAAACUAAAAUCCUCUUGUGGAAAAAUGUGCUUCUCAAGUGGAGGAUGAAGAUGCAGAGCUUUCAGGAGUGGGUGUUGUCUCUGUUCUUUCUGCUGCUGAUGUUCAUAGUGAGCAUGUUCAUGAUGAACACUCGUUACCCCGAAGUGCCUUUCAGCCCCCUCGGGAAGCUGGAUGAUCCUGCCUAUAACGCCACUGGGGUCACCAUCGCUUUUACCCCCAGCACUGGGACCACAAGGCAGAUCAUGAAUAAAGUGGCCCUGAGCUCUUUAAUGACAGGUAUAAAACUAAAGGCACUGGACAAUGAGAGAGCCCUGGAGGAAGCCUGGAUUUCAAAUAAUGAAAUGAUAGGGGUUGUGUUUAAGGACAACGUCUCCUAUCGCCUGAGGUUUCCUACUGGGAAUGUGGUUGUUCCAAAUGACAACUUUGGACACAUAGACAGCUGUUACGACACCUCACCUCACUUCUGCCAAAGCCCAAAGUAUUGGUACAAAGGCUUCCUAUCCCUGCAGUCCAGCAUUGAUGCUGCUAUUAUAGAGGUGGUGGCAAAUCAUUCUGUUUGGGAAGAACUGGAAUCAAUUGGUGGUGUCCGGAUGAAGUCCCGGAGCGUCCUCUCCUCAAUUACGUUAGACUACGGUCACUUCAUGGUUACCAUCGUGAUGUGCUUCUCUCCAUUCAUGUAUUUCUUAUCCAUGAAUGUUGUAAGGGAGAAGAAGCAGCUCAAAGUACUGAUGAAGACAAUGGGGUUGUGUGACACUGCCUUUUGGCUCUCCUGGAGUCUGCUGUAUGCUGUGUAUGUGAUGAUCCUGUCCUGCCUGCUGGCAGCUCUCGGGGUGCAGGUAGCUUUCCACCUCAGCAGCUUCCCUGCCAUCCUGCUGCUGUUUUUCCUGUAUGGCCUAGCUUGUAUCCACCUGGUUUUCAUGCUCUCCUCCCUCCUAAGGACCUCCAAACUUGCCGCCUCCAUGGGAACCAUCAUCACUUUUCUCUUCGGAUGCCUGAGCCUGGCAGUGCUGAUAGAAAGUCUUCCAGAACCACUGAAGUUGUUUCUCAGUCUCUUCUGUCCUUUUGCAUUUAAUGUUGGCAUUGCAAAGGUUUUCUACUUAGAAAAAUAUGGAAUAGGUUUCUCUUUUUCUAACCUCAUGGAGGAGUCAUACUUUUUAUUUUCAACCUACAUUAUGCUGGUCUUUGACUCAAUCCUCUACAUGCUGUUAGCUGUGUAUUUUGACAGAGUCCUGCCAGGCAAAUAUGGCAUUCCAGAAUCCCCUUUUUUCUGCCUGAAGCCCUCAUACUGGUUGCAGAGCAGAAAAGUCUCCAGCAGGGAGAUGCCUAGAACAGCAGCAAGCCCCGAGGAGCUCCUUGGUGAUGAUGUAGAGCCGCUGCCCCCUGAAAUAAUGGGGAAGGAGGGCAUCAGACUCCACAAUGUUAAAAAAACAUAUAGAAAGAAAGACAAGACAGAAGCUUUAAGAGAUUUGUCCUUAAACAUUUAUGAGGGUCAGAUCACUGCCUUACUCGGGCACAGUGGGGCUGGAAAGACAACGCUGUUGAACAUACUGAGUGGACUCACUUCACCUUCUGAAGGCUUUGCAACUAUAUACAACUACAAGCUCUCUGAAACAGGAGACAGGGAAGAGCUUAAAGGGAUGGUUGGCAUUUGCCCACAGUUCAACGCACAGUUUGAAGUCUUAACGGUGAAAGAAAACUUGAAAACUUUUGCAGAAAUCAAGGGCAUCAAACCCAAAGAGGUAGAGCAAGAGGUGCAAACCAUUAUGGAGCUGUUGGAUAUCAGUAAAGUUCAAGACACUCAAGCUGAGAAACUGAGUGGUGGGCAGAAACGGAAGUUAUCCAUUGGAAUAGCCUUGCUUGGAAACCCCCAGGUUUUGCUCCUGGAUGAGCCAACAGCUGGGCUGGAUCCUCUUUCCAGGCACCAAGUGUGGAGCCUCCUCAAGGAGCACAGAGCUGGAAGGGUGAUCCUCUUCAGCACCCAGUUCAUGGAUGAGGCUGAUAUCCUUGCAGACCGCAAGGCCUUUAUCUCACACGGGAGGCUGAAGUGUGUCGGUUCCUCUCUGUUCUUGAAGAAAAAAUGGGGGAUUGGCUAUCAUUUAAGGAUCCAUGUCAGUGAGUCUUGUGACUUAGAGAGCGUGACAUCGCUGGUUAAACGGCACAUCCCCAACGCCAUAUUCUCAGGACACAGUCAAUAUGAGCUGAGAUAUAAACUACCAUUAGAAAAUGUGAAUAAAUUCCCAGAUCUGUUCAGUGGCCUCGACAGCUGCUCUAACCAGGGAAUCAUCAAUUAUGGAGUUAGCAUGACAACCCUGGAGGAUGUCUUCCUGAAACUGGAGGGAGAAGCCCGACUGCACCAAGAAGAUGAGCACGUCCUUGGGGAGGAGUGGGCAGAAGCAGGACCACGAUGCCCUGACGAGAUAGAGCCAGGCUCCCUGCUGCUCUCAGACACUGGGAAGGCAGUGGUUGGUGGCUGGGCUCUCUGGAGGCAGCAAGUCUUUGCCAUGGCAUGGGUGCACUUCUUAAAGCUUAAGAGUUCAGUGAAAAACCUGCGGUCAAUUUUGCUGCUCUAUGUGGUUUACCUGCUUCCUCUGGUUUUGCAACUCUGCCUGAUCAGUGCCUGGCAGAGUGUGAGCUCUUGGGAGCUCUCAUCUGCGCUGUACUUCUCGCCCCUGGGGAAGAAGGUUCACUCAGAGACAACCAGCCUCUUGGUCUACAACAACACAGGCACAGCCAUCAAAGACUUCAUCCAGGUGCUUGAAAGCCAAGAUCUCUCAGUGGAGAUAACGAACCAGGAAAAUAUCACAGAGGAGCUAAAACACAACGGGGCAAUCAAAGUGUCUCGCAAAGGUCAGAGCUACAGGUUUACAGUGUUAUGUCAUGUGGAGGCCAUCAACUGCUUCCCAGUGCUUGUGAACGUCAUUAGCAAUGCUCUGCUGGGAGCCCUUAAUUCCACCACUCACAUCCGGAUCUGGAGUCAUCCAUUUUUCUCUAUAGAUAACACACCUUUCUGGGAUUAUUUUCUCUCUGUUUACUUCAUUUACAUGCUGCUGUUAUUCCCUGGUUUUCUUCCUCACUUUGCAAUGGGCUACAUGCAAGAUUACAAGGUGGGAGCUCGUGCCCAGUUGAGGAUCUCAGGGCUCCUUCCCUCAGCAUACUGGUGUGGCCAGGCACUGGUGGACAUCCCACUGAGCUGGCUUCUUCUCCUCUCCAUGUUUGGGCUUCAGCUUGCAAUUCUCAGGAAGACUUCUGUGAUCAUCAACAGCUGCUUCUUGCUGGUCAUAGCUUCUGUUGGCUAUGGAAUCUCCAUCAUUCUCUUCAUCUACUUGAUCUCCUUCGUCUUUCGCAAAGGAUGGAACAGUGAUUUCUGGACUUUUAUCCUGAUAGUGGUGUGCCUUGUUUCGUUCAUCAUCGGCAAAAUCCUUGAAUUCGCCGUCGAUGUUUCAGCCUCCCUCUGCGUUCUGUCUCUCUUGAUUCCCAUGUACCCAGUGAUGGGGAUAAUAACCAACUCCAUUAAUUAUUUUAAAGAAGACACUGAGGCAUUUGAUGUGGAACCAACGGGUGACAUACUAACAGCUGUCUUUGCACCUUAUAUCCAUUCAGUGUGUUUCAUUUUUCUCCUCCGAUGUUUGGAGAUGAGAUAUGGAAGAGCAGUUCUGAGGAAGGACCCACUGUUUAGGAUUUCCCCAAGAAGAGAAAUCAGCCACCAGCACGCUGAGGAGGUCGAAGAGGAAGAUGAAGAUGUUAAAGCUGAAAGAGCAGCAGUGAGAAAUGCCAUAGUGGCUCCAAGCCAGGAUGAGAACUCAGUCAUUAUUGUCAGCAAUCUGUGCAAGGAAUACAAAACCAAGGAGGCUGGUUCAGUUUUUAAGAAGAAGAAGAAAAUGGCCACCAAAAAUGUUUCCUUCUGUGUUAAAAAAGGAGAAGUAUUAGGACUUCUGGGGCCCAAUGGAGCUGGUAAAAGCACAGCUAUCAAAAUGAUCAUCGGGGAGACAGAGCUGACUGCUGGGCAGGUGCUGAUGAAGAGGGGAGAUGGAGCAGCCCAGGACCACAUGCCUGCCUUCCUGGGGUACUGCCCACAGGAGGAUCCGCUCUGGCCAGACCUCACUGUGCACCAGCACCUGCAGGUCUACGCGGCUGUGAAAGGGGUGUGCAAGGAGGAUACAGCUGCUGUUGUCAACAGGAUAGUGAAUGCUCUGCAGCUUCAAGGCUACUUAAAAAAAACACCCAGGAAACUAUCUGCUGGGAUAACCAGAAAGCUGUGCUUUGCAGUGUCUGUGCUGGGCAACCCUGAGGUCCUGCUCCUGGACGAGCCAACAACAGGCAUGGAUCCCAAUGGGCAGCGCUGUGUCUGGAAAAUGAUUCGUGCUGCCCUGAAAACCAAGGAGACAGGAGCCAUCCUGACAACACACUACACAGAGGAGGCAGAGGCGGUGUGUGACCGUGUGGCCAUCGUGGUGUCCGGGCAGCUACGCUGCAUUGGCUCCAUUCAGUACCUGAAGAACAAAUUUGGCAAAGGCUAUGUACUGGAAAUUAAGGUCAAGGAUGCAGAGUGCACUGAUCUUCUCCAUGCUGAGAUUUUGAGGAUUUUCCCAGGUGCAGCCCGUCAGGAACGGUUCCCAUCUUUGCUAGUCUAUAAGGUCCCAAUGGAAGAUGCACUGCCCUUAUCUCAGUCUUUCUUCAAACUAGAGGAAGCCAAACGAAACUUCAACCUUGAGGAGUACAGCUUCUCUUUGAAUACUUUGGCUCAGGUUUUCUUGGAACUCUCCCGAGAGCAGGAGAAGGAGAAUCUGGAUCUGGCUUUGGAUGGGACUUUUGAGUGGAAACAUCUGCAGCAGGAGGACUGUUAAAAAUGCUCAUUUACACAUUACUUAGUAUUAAGCUACCCAAUGUGAUACUGCACAUAUCUCCUGCCAUUAUCAGCUCACCACGAAGAGGAGGAGCAGGCUCUGCCUUUCCAGUGAGCGUUGGCUGAGGGCUCCUCUCUGAUGCAGAAGACAUUCCACCUGGACUCUGUAGGUUGUCUAUGCUGAGCUCUACUGCAAGUUGUAUUUCCAAAGCCUGAUUGAUGAAAUUGUGCCUGCACUGGUGAGAGCUCUUGUCAAGCAGAGGGACAGAAAGGCCUGCAGAAAGAAAGGUCAUAACUCAUCCCUGGGGACUGAGGUUCUGCUUUGCUCACUGGAUCUGGGUGCAUCAGGGAAUCUGGACAUGCUGCCAGCCUUCUGGGCUCCUCUCUCACCAAUGUGUGGGACUAUUUGCCUACAACAUGUUUAAAUACAUCUUAUUGAAAUUUGCACUUUAUUUUUAUACCCCUCCAAUAAAUGUCUCUAUAGAA